AACGUCUGGAUCUUCGGCUCUGGGACUAAACUGUUUGUAGUUGAGCAGGUAGUAAGGCCCGUGGUGAGCGUGUACCCAGCAGCAUCCAGAGCCCACCUGGAGGGGAAGAGCUCCCUGCUGUGUGUGGCCUCAGCCAUGUCUCCUCCUCUGGUCCAGUUCUCCUGGAAAAGACAGAAGAAGGACGGCCCGCUGGUAGAGCUGACCUCUGCUGAGGGAGAGCAGCUGGAGCUCAGAGAGCCGGGACGCAGCGCCUCCAUCCUGCUGCUCCAUCAGCAAGAGGACAGCACAUAUAAGUACCGCUGCUACGUCAAGCACGAGGGGAGCACAGUGAGGGCCCAAACAGAACAAGAGAUUUCUCUUAAUCCACCAACCCCAGCUCCGACAGCUAUACCAACUCCGACAGCUAUACCAACUCCGACAGCUACAUCAGCUCCGACAGCUACAUCAGCUCCGACAGCUACAUCAGCUCCAUCAGCUCCACUAGAUUUUGUACCGUCUCAGUACCAGGUGCUGCUGCUCUGUGUGCUGUACACAGUGCUGAUAGUGAAGAGUCUGGUGUACUGCUGUGGACUCUCUCUGCUGAUGAUCCUCAGAAACAAGGGUCCGUCCACCAACUGCACACAUGCUGACUGA